GCCAACAGCGCGCGGUUCGCCGCCGGCACCGCCGACCGGGUGGUGCUGCUGUACGACGAGCAGGGCGAGCGGCGCGACAAGUUCUCCACCAAGCCUGCCGACGCCAAGUACGGCCGGAAGAGCUACAUGGUGAAAGGCAUGGCCUUCUCCCCAGACUCCACCAAAAUCGCCAUUGGCCAAACGGACAACAUCGUCUACGUCUACAGGAUUGGGGAGGAGUGGGGUGACAAGAAAGUGAUAUGCAACAAGUUCAUCCAAACGAGUGCUGUGACCUGCUUAUCGUGGCCAGCGGAGAAUAUCAUUGUCUUUGGUCUUGCCGAAGGAAAGGUUCGUUUAGCAAAUACAAAGAACAACAAGUCUUCCACCAUUUACGGGACAGAUUCCUAUGUGGUCUCGCUAACUUCCAAUGUGUCAGGGAAGGGAAUCCUGUCUGGCCAUGCAGAUGGAACCAUAGUACGCUUCUUCUUUGAUGAUGAGGGCUCAGGUGAAUCACAGGGUAAAUUGGUGAUGCAUCCCUGUCCUCCUUAUGCCCUCGCCUGGGCUUCCAACAGCAUUGUGGCUGCGGGCUGCGAUAAGAAGAUUGUAGCUUAUGGGAAGGAGGGCAACGUGAUUCAAACCUUUGACUAUAGCCGGGAUUCAUCAGAGAAGGAAUUCACCACAGCAGCUUCCAGUCCUGGCGGCCAGUCCAUCGUCAUUGGCAGCUAUGAUAGGUUAAGGGUUUUGAACUGGAGCCCACGCCGCGGUGCCUGGGAGGAAGGCAAACCCAAAGAAAUAGCUCACCUCUACACCAUCACAGCUUUAGCGUGGAAGAGGGAUGGUUCACGGAUCUGUGUGGGCACUCUCUGUGGAGGAGUUGAACAAUUUGACUGCUGCCUUCGCAGAAGCAUUUACAAAAAUAAAUUUGAAAUGACGUAUGUGGGACCAAGCCAGGUCAUUGUGAAGAACCUCUCAACAGGAACUCGAAUUGUGUUGAAAUCCCAGUACGGUUAUGAGAUUGAUGAGGAAAAAGGGAAAGACAGAUAUCUGGUGGCCCAUACUUCAGACACAUUACUGCUGGGUGACAUCAGCUCCAACAAGCUCAGUGAGGUAGCCUGGCAAGGAUCUGGAGGGAAUGAGAAGUUCUUCUUCGACAAUGAGAAUGUCUGCAUGAUCUUUAAUGCUGGAGAGCUGACACUGGUGGAAUAUGGAAGCAAUGACAUCCUGGGGUCUGUCCGCACAGAGUUCAUGAACCCUCAUCUCGUCAGUGUCCGUAUCAAUGAGAGACGGCAGAGAGGCACGGAGGAGAACAAGAGACUGUCUUAUCUGAUAGACAUCAAGACUAUAGCAACAGUGGACCUUGUUGGUGGCUACAACGCUGGCACUAUCAGCCAUGACAGCAAGAUUGAUUGGCUGGAGCUGAAUGAAACAGGCCACAAACUACUCUUCAGGGACAAGAAGAUGAGGUUGCAGCUCUAUGACAUUGAGAGCAGCACCAAGACCACCAUUUUGAACUAUUGCUCCUAUGUGCAGUGGGUCCCAGGCAGCGAUGUGGUGGUGGCUCAGAACAGAAACAGCCUCUGCAUUUGGUAUAACAUUGAUGCUCCAGAGCGAGUCACCAUGUUUCCUCUGAAGGGGGAUAUUGUAGACUUGGAACGGAAUGAUGGAAAGACUGAAGUGAUAGUAUCUGAGGGGGUGAACACUGUGUCCUACACCCUGGACGAAGGCCUCAUAGAGUUUGGAACUGCCAUUGAUGAUGGGGAUUAUCACAGGGCUGCUGCAUUUUUGGAGACACUGGAAAUGUCCACAGAGACGGAAGCCAUGUGGAAGACCCUAAGCAGACUGGCUUUGGAAGCUAGACAGCUGCACAUUGCAGAGAGGUGCUUUGCAGCUCUGGGCAACAUGGCAAAGGCUCGAUUUCUGCAUGAAACCAAUACCAUUGCUGACCAGGCAGCUCAAGAGCAUGGUGGGGAUGGUACAGACCAUUAUCUGGUGCGUGCCCGCUUGGCCAUGCUAGACAAGAACUACAAGCUGGCAGAGAUGAUCUUCCUGGAACAAAAUGCCACAGAGGAGGCCAUGGACAUGUACCAGGAGCUGCACAUGUGGGAUGAAUGCAUUGUGGUUGCCGAGGCCAAGGGACACCCAAUGCUGGAUAAAAUGCGUCGGGGUUACUACCAGUGGCUGCUGGAUACCCAGCAAGAAGAGAAGGCUGGGGAGGUCCAAGAGGGACAGGGCGACUACCUGGCAGCCAUCAGCUUAUACCUGCGGGCAGGGCUGCCAGCCAAAGCAGCACGGCUGGCCAUGAGCAGGGAUGAGUUGCUGACCAAUGGGGAUGUCAUCAAUAGGGUCUCAAUGGCACUGAUCAGAGGGGAACUGUAUGAACAGGCUGGAGACCUCUUUGAGAAGGUUGGAAACCCACGGAAGGCUCUGGAGUGCUAUUGCAAGGGCAGUGCCUACCUGAAAGCAGUGGAGCUGGCUCGCCUGGCAUUUCCUGCAGAAGUUGUGAAGCUGGAGGAGGCCUGGGGAGACCAUCUGGUGCAGCAGAAACAGCUGGAUGCUGCUAUUAACCAUUAUAUCGAAGCCAGGUGCUCAGUUAAGGCCAUUGAGGCAGCCUUGGGAGCCCGGCAGUGGAAGAAGGCCAUCUACAUUUUGGACUUGCAAGACAAACAGACAGCAGCCAAAUAUUAUCUCAAGAUUGCCCAGCACUAUGCAGCUUUACAGGAGUAUCAGGUGAGGCCGCAGAGCACCAUCAUUGCUGCUCUGUGUGUCUUGGGGCUGUACAUCAAAGGAGACCAGACCAAGGAUGCCAUCGACAUGUACACACAGGCUGGGCUCUGGGAACAGGCUCACAAGUUGGCAAUCAAGUGUAUGAGUCAGGAAGAUGUGUCUGUGCUCUAUAUAACCCAAGCCAAAGAGAUGGAGAAGCAGGGCAAGUACAAAGAAGCAGAGAGGCUCUAUAUCACUGUGAAUGAACCUGAUUUGGCCAUCACCAUGUACAAAAAGUGUAAGAUGUAUGAUGAGAUGGUUUGCUUAGUGGCCAAGUAUCACAAGGACUUACUCAGCGAUACCCACCUGCACCUGGGCAAGGAGCUGGAGGCAGAGGGACGCUUACAGGAGGCUGAGUACCACUACCUGGAAGCUAAGGACUGGAAGGCCACAGUAAACAUGUACAGAGUGAAUGACAUGUGGGAGGAAGCUUACAGGGUGGCCAAGGCACAUGGGGGAGCCAACUCCUAUAAGCAUGUGGCUUAUAUGUGGGCAAAGAGCCUUGGUGGAGAGGCAGCUGUGAAACUCCUCAGUAAAUUCGGACUUCUGGAGAUGGCCAUUGACCAUGCAGCAGACAGCGGGGUCUUUGAAUUUGCUUUUGAACUGGCCCGCCUUUCCAUGAAGCAGAAGAUGCCAGAGAUCCACUUGAAGUAUGCCAUGUUCUUAGAGGAUGAGGGCAAAUUUGAAGAGGCUGAAGCAGAAUUUAUUAAAGCUGGCAAACCCAAGGAGGCAGUGCUGAUGUUUGUGCAUAACCAGAACUGGGAUGCUGCACAGCGUGUGGCUGAGGCUCAUGACCCAGACAGCGUGGCUGAUGUGCUUGUGGGACAGGCACGUUUUGCCUUUGAGCAGCGAGAGUUCCAGAAAGCAGAGGCCUUCCUCCUGCGAGCACAGAGACCUGAGCUGGCAAUAAAGUACUACAAGGAGGCCGGAAUGUGGAGCGAGGCCCUGCGGAUCUGCAAGGAAUAUGUGCCUAGUCGGCUGGAAGAGUUACAGGAGGAGUGCAGCAGGGAGGCUGCCAAGAAGGGCACCAGAGGAACAGAAGGGCUGCUGGAGCAGGCACGGGAGUGGGAGCAGGCUGGGGAAUACGCCAGAGCAGUGGACUGCUAUCUGAAAGUGCGGGAUCCCAGCAACAGUGUCCUGAUGGAGAAGUGCUUGCUGAAGGCUGCUGAGUUGGCCAUUAAAUUCUUGGGUCAGUCACAGAGCAUGGAGGUGACGCGGACUGUAGCUCCUCAGCUGGUGGCCAUGAAGAAAUACAGUGCGGCAGCUGAACUCUACCUCAACUUGGACCUCAUCCAAGAAGCUAUUGAUGCCUUCAUUGAAGGGGAGGAAUGGAGCAAAGCCAAGCGCAUCGCUAAGGAAUUGGACCCCAGGUCAGAGGAGUAUGUGGAUCAGCGUUACAAGGAGUAUUUAAAGAACCAAGGAAAGGUAGAUUCGCUAGUGGGAAUAGACGUCAUGGCUGCUUUGGAUAUGUAUGCAGAGCAGGAGCAAUGGGAGAAGUGCCUAGAGGUUGCAGCUAAGCAGAACUAUAAAGUCUUACACAAGUACGUAGCUCUGUAUGCAACCCACCUCAUCCGGGAAGGCAGCUGGCACAAAGCCCUGAGCCUGUAUGUCCACCAUGGAGCGCCUGCCAACCCACAGAAUUUCAACAUUUACAAGCGUCUCUUUGUGGAGAUGGUGAAUGCGUCUGGCAUGAAUUGCGCCGAGGCCUACUCCAGCUGGGCUGACCUGCGGGAGGUUCUCUUCCAUCUGUGUGAAAACUUAGUAAAGUCAAGUGAGGCUAACACUCCAGCGCAUGAAGAGUUUGAAACGAUGCUGCUGAUCUGUCACUACUAUGCCACCCGCUCUGCUGCUCAGGGCGUGAAGCAACUGGACACUGUGGCUGCCAAGCUGUCCAUUUCCCUGCUGCGCCACACCGAGCUCCUGCCUGCAGACAAGGCUUUCUACGAAGCUGGGAUAGCUGCCAAGGCAGUCAACUGGGAGAACACGGCAUUCAUCUUCCUGAACCGAUUCCUGGAACUCUCACACGCCAUUGAAGAAGGGAACCUGGAUUCUCUGGACCACUCUGAUUUCCAGGGCACAGACAUUCCCUUUGAAGUGCCGCUUCCAGCCCAUCAGCACGUGCCUGAGGAGAAGCGGGAAGAGGUCAGGGACUGGGUGCUCACCAUGUCCAUGGACCAACGGCUGGAGCAGGUGCUGCCGCAGGACGAGCGUGACACAUAUGAAGCCUCCCUGGUGGCAGCAAAUACAGGGGUGCGCUCCCUGCCCUGCGUGCUUACAGGGUACCCCGUGCUAAGGAACAAGAUAGAGUUCAAGCGGCCAGGCCGAGAAGCUAACAAGGACACGUGGAACAAGUUCCUGAUGGCUGUCAAGACAUCCCACAGCCCCGCGUGCCAGGAUGUGCUCAAGUUCCUCAGCCAGUGGUGUGGGGGACUCCCGAGCACCAGCUUCUCCUUCCAGUGAGCUGGACCGUGGCAGCUUUCAGUCCUGUUCUUCAACACCCUUCACUUUUGCCCCCAUUAAACAUGUCUC